AUGAGAAGCCGAAGAAAUGGUACUCUGGAGAGUUCAAAAAGUCUUUACUCCAGUAUCUCUCGCAGCACAGAUCUGUCCUACAAUGACAGCGACUUGUUGCAUUUCAUUCAAGAGAACUUUAAGAAGAGAGAAUGUGUCUUUUUCACCAAAGAUGCCAAAUCAAAUGACAACCUGUGUAAAUGUGGCUACUCAAAAUCUCAGCAUAUCGAAGGCACUCAGAUUAAUAACCAAGAGAAGUGGAGUUACAAGAAACACACUAAAGAACUCCUGACAGAUGCCUUUGGAGACAUUGAAUUUGAGAACCUGGGCAAGAGAGGAAAGUAUAUCCGCCUGUCAUGCGAUACGGAUGCCGAAACUCUCUAUGACCUCAUGACCCAGCAGUGGCACCUGAAAACACCCAACCUCAUCAUCUCUGUAACGGGCGGAGCCAAAAACUUUGCUUUAAAGCCACGGAUGCGCAAGAUUGUCAGUCGCUUGAUCUACAUUGCACAGUCUAAAGGGGCCUGGAUAUUCACUGGCGGAACUCAUUAUGGGCUGAUGAAGUAUAUUGGAGAAGUAGUAAGAGAUAAUACCAUCAGUAGGAGUUCGGAGGAGAAUGUUGUCGCCAUCGGCAUAGCUUCCUGGGGGAUGGUUUCCAACCGGGAGACUCUGAUCAGAAACUGUGAUGCUGAGGCAUAUUAUUCAGCACACUACAUCAUGGAUGACCUCAAGAGGGACCCUUUAUAUUGUUUGGAUAAUAAUCAUACACAUCUAAUUCUGGUUGAUAACGGCACUCAUGGGUACCCGUCUGUAGAGGCCAAGCUACGAACCCAGCUAGAAAAAUACAUUUCGGAACGCAUUAUCCCAGAUUCUAAUUAUGGUGGGAAAAUUCCAAUUGUGUGCUUUGUUCAAGGAGGAGGAAGAGAAACUCUAAAAGCCAUUAACACUGCGGUCAAGAAUAAAAUUCCCUGCGUGGUAGUGGAAGGCUCCGGUCAGAUUGCGGAUGUGAUUGCCAGCUUAGUGGAGGCAGAAGGCACCAUGACCUCCUCAUCUGUGAAAGAGAAAUUGCUCAGGUAUCUGCCUCGCACGCUUUCUCGGCUCACUGAAGAGGAGACUGAAAGCUGGAUCAGAUGGAUCAAAGAAGUCCUUGAAAAUCCACAUCUGCUUACUGUGAUCAAAAUAGAAGAAGCUGGAGAUGAAGUAGUGAGCAAUGCAAUUUCUUAUGCUCUUUAUAAAGCUUUCAGUACCAAUGAGCAAGAUAAAGAUAACUGGAAUGGGCAACUAAAAUUGCUUUUGGAAUGGAACCAGCUGGAGCUGGCAGGUGAAGAUAUAUUUACCAAUGAUCGGCGGUGGGAGUCUGCUGACCUUCAGGAUGUCAUGUUUACUGCCCUGGUGAAGGAUAGACCAACAUUUGUCCGCCUCUUUCUGGAAAAUGGCUUGAAUCUGAGGAAGUUUCUCACUAAUGAAGUUUUGACUGAUCUCUACACCAACAAUUUCAGCAGUCUGGUGUUUAAAAAUCUACAGAUUGCUAAGAACUCAUACAAUGACAGCCUCCUUACAUUUGUGUGGAAGAUGGUGGAGGAUUUCAGAAGAGGCGCCAAAAAAGAGGACAAAAAUAUAAAAGAAGACACGACAGAGAUAUGCCUGCCGGUAUCCCCUCCAAUUCCAAGGCAUCCUCUACAGGCUCUCUUUAUUUGGGCAGUUCUUCAAAACAAAAAGGAACUAUCCAAAGUGAUUUGGGAACAGACUAGAGGCUGCACUUUGGCAGCGCUGGGGGCAAGCAAGCUCCUGAAAAGCCUGGCUAAGGUAAAGAAUGAUAUCAACGCUGCUGGUGAAUCAGAGGAACUGGCAAAUGAAUAUGAGACUAGAGCGGUGGAGCUGUUCACGGAAUGCUACAGCAGUGACGAAGAUCUGGCUGAACAACUGCUUAUCUAUUCUUGUGAGGCAUGGGGUGGCAGCAAUUGUCUGGAACUUGCUGUGGAGGCAAAGGACCAGCAGUUCAUUGCCCAGCCAGGAGUCCAGAAUUUUCUUUCGAAACAGUGGUAUGGAGAGAUCUCCAGAGACACUAAAAACUGGAAGAUCAUUCUGUGCCUUUUCCUUUUCCCUUUAAUAGGCUGUGGCUUCAUCUCCUUCAGGAAGAAGCCAGCAGAGACGAGCAAAAAGCUGUUUUUGUACUAUGCCUCCUUCUUCACGUCACCCUUCGUGGUCUUCUCAUGGAACGUCAUCUUCUACAUUGCCUUCCUCCUGCUGUUUGCCUACGUCCUGCUCAUGGAUUUCCAGAAGGAGCCCACCCUGCUGGAGCUGUUCCUCUACGUGCUGGUCUUCGUCCUGCUUUGUGAUGAAGUGAGACAAUGGUACAUGAAUGGUAGAAAGUACUUUUCAGACAUGUGGAAUAUUAUGGACACACUUGGAAUCUUUUACUUCAUAGUAGGCAUUGUGUUCAGGCUCCAGUCUUCAAAUGAAACAUCCUGGUAUUCUGGCAGAGUCAUCUUUUGCUUGGAUUACAUUAUUUUCACUCUGCGGCUCGUUCAUAUUUUCACAGUAAGCAGGAAUCUUGGACCCAAGAUAAUAAUGCUUCAGAGGAUGCUGAUAGAUGUUUUCUUCUUCCUGUUCCUCUUUGCUGUGUGGAUGGUGGCCUUUGGUGUAGCCAGACAAGGGAUCUUGAGGAAGAAUGAACAUCGUUGGGAAUGGAUAUUCCGAUCCGUCAUUUAUGAGCCUUACCUUGCCAUGUUUGGCCAAUAUCCUGAUGACAUUGAUGGUACUACAUACAAUUUUGAACACUGUACCUUCACUGGGAACGAGUCCAAACCUCUGUGUGUAGAACUGGAUUCCAACAACCGUCCCCGAUUCCCAGAGUGGAUCACAAUUCCACUAGUGUGUAUCUACAUGCUGUCUACUAACAUCCUUUUGGUUAACUUGCUGAUAGCCAUGUUUGGCUAUACUGUUGGAUCAGUCCAAGAGAACAAUGACCAAGUAUGGAAAUUCCAGCGCUAUUUCUUAGUUCAGGAGUACUGCAGCCGCCUAACGAUUCCAUUUCCUUUUGUCAUCUUUGCUUACAUCUACAUGGUAUUAAGGAAACUGUUGAAAUGCUGCUGUAAAAAUGAAUGCAAGCAGCCAUCCACUUGCUGUUCAAGAAAUGAAGACAAUGAAACUCUGGCCUGGGAGGCUGUCAUGAAAGAAAAUUACCUAGUCAGAAUCAAUACCAAGGCUAAUGACUCAACAGAAGAAAUGGUUCAGCGAUUUAAACAACUGGAUAUGAAGCUCAGUGAUCUGAAAUGCCUUCUAAAAGAGAUUGCAAGCAGACUCCGAUGA